AUGGACCAGGAAGGAAACGAGGCCCCGGGUCCGGACCGGAAACCCAGGACUUGGAGAAAGCAGCCGCCUAAGGUGACUAGCCGAACUAAUACCGCCUACGUCUAUAAUUGGGAUAGUCCGAACGGAGUGAAGGAUUACUUGGAGCGCCCACGACACCCUACAAAUGACAGGGCCCCGUAUAUGGAACACCUUCCGAAAUUUACAGCUUCCCAGCAGGCGCACGAAAUCGUGAACUAUAAUGCUUUGUCGAAACUGGAGAAAGAUAUGUUGGAGGUAAUGCUGGUCCGCCGGCCCGGAAGCCAUGUUCCUGUGACUCCCACGAUUACCAUUCCGAAUGCUGUCGAGCUCCUCAACAAGAUCCCUAUCCAAAAGAUGGCCAGCGAAGCGCUGGAUUCCUUGCUCCUUAAGAAAAACGAUCUUCGUAAGAUACAAGAACAACUUACUGCACAGCUUAAGCUCCAAAUGGCAGCAGCUCAGCGUAGGCAGGAGGCGGAACAAGCUCGUGAACAAGAGCUGAGACGACUUCAUUCGGAAGCUCUUCACCAUAUGGGCGCCUAUUACCGCGCUGCAGUUUCCUCGAGAAUCAAUCCGAUUGACCAGAUGUUUGCGCUUCUUGAAUUGAGCAUGAAUGAGGCACGCCAUCAGGAGAAA